AAAGACACAAAAAGAAGAAAUGAACAUGUUGCCUGAUUUUGAUGACAUGGAAGAUGAAAAUGAAGAUGAUGAUGUUGUUGAGAUCAAUGUCAAUCAACACCGCAAGUUGACAAGUAGUAGCCAAGGUUCAUCCAAAUCCAAAUCCAAAUAAAAAAUGCCAAAGAGAAAAGGGCCUAUGGAUGUUUACUUCACACUCAAUCCUGAACCAGUGGUGAAAAAUCGAAGAGACCAAGCAAAAGGGAAACAAACAAAAAUUGAUGCAAAUGACCCUUACAAAAAAGAAAUGAGAGCUCGGGCACUGCAAAGAUUUGCAAGGUGGAUGUAUGAUGCUGGUAUCCCUUUCAAUGCAGUAAAUUAUGAGAGUUUCGGACCAAUGAUUGAAGCCAUUGGCCAAUAUGGUCCUGGUAUGAAGCCACCGACUUACCAUGAAGUGCGGGUUACCCAACUCAAAAAAGAAGUGAAACACACUGAAGAUUUGAUGAAGUAUCAUAAAGAGGAUUGUGCAAAAUACGGGUGUUCCAUAAUGACUGAUGGUUGGACUGAUAAGAGAGGAAGGGCAUUGAUUAAUUUUUUAGUUAAUUGUCCAAGAGGAACCAUGUUUGUUGAGUCGGUUGAUGCUUCUAGCUAUUCAAAGGAUGGGCAAAAGCUAUUUGAAUUACUAGACAAGUUUGUGGAGAAAGUUGGAAAAGAGAAUGUCGUGCAAGUUAUCACUGAUAGCGCUGCAGUUAAUGUGUUGGCGGGGAGGUUUUUGGAAGCUAAGUAUGAACACUUGUAUUGGACACCAUGUGAUGCUCAUUGUUUGGACUUGAUGUUAGAAGACAUUUUCAAGAUACCUAGACUGAAAAAGACAUUUGAAAGGGGUAUUGCAGCACAUGGCUACAUUUACAAUCGGCCUACGUUGCUAAACAUGAUGAGGCGCUAUACAAAUUUGAAGAAUUUGAUCAAGCCUGCAAAAACUAGAUUUGCAACCGCUUUUUUGACUUUGUCUAGGAUGCAUCAACAAAAAAACAAUUUGAGAAAGAUGGUCACCUCCGAAGACUGGACCUCAAGCAAAUGGGCAAAGGAGCCACAAGGUAAAAGAAUGGCACAAACUUUGUUGAUGCCUUCAUUUUGGAAUACUGUUGUAUUUGCCCUAAGGUCUCGGGUCCUCUCAUCAAAGUGCUUCGAUUGGUUGAUACCGAGAAGAAACCUCCCAUGGGAUACAUUUAUGAGAUGGGAUGUCCAAUUGCAUCGACCUUUACAUGCAGCUGCACAUUUUCUUAACCCAGAAUUCUUUUACCCAAAAGCAUUAGAGGUGCAAAGAGAUCAUGAAGUGAUGAAUGGGUUUUAUGAAUGCAUGCAAAGGUUGGUCCCGGAUGUCACUGUUCAAGAUUUGAUCACUAAUGAGAUGAGUAUUUAUAUGAAGGCUGAGAGUCUUUUUGGCAAGGCUGUUGCAAUUAGGCAAAGAAAUACAAGAGCACCAGCUGAUUGGUGGGCAUCAUAUGGUUCUUAUACUCCAAACUUGCAAACUUUUGCCAUAAAAAUCCUUAGCCUAACAUGUAGUUCAUCGGGUUGUGAACGAAAUUGGAGUGUAUUCGAACAUCUUCAUAGCAAGAAAAGAAAUAGAUUGGAACAACAACGUCUCAAUGAUUUAGUGUAUGUCAAAUACAAUAGAACAUUGAGAUUUAGGUAUGACAUGCGCAACACUCUUGAUCCCAUAUCUUUGCAAAAUAUUGAUGAAAGAGCCACACAAGCCCAAAUUGAAGCCAAAUGCCUCGCCUUAUCCCAACAUGCCAAAUACCUCACCAACUAUGAAGCACGGACACCUCUCUGA